UUUAGCCUCUAAUUGCCGCCGCUCUGUGCCUUUUUCGUCUCAUAAUGCCUGGAUCUCUCGCUCGUUUUCGCGCUUGUUUUGAACGUUCGCCAAGAACCGUGGUUCUGUUUGUUGUCAUUGUUAUUGCACUCUACGUCGGUAUUCGUGACAUCGCUGGCGAUGCUAUCAUAGAGACUUUGGACUCUCAUUAUCCGGCCAACGAACCUCUCAGAGACAUCCUGAGAACAGCAAGGAAUUAUCACAGGCAUCCUGUGGAGCCCCCAUACAAAGAUAAGUUCUGGGAGGUUGGACAACGCUCUCGCAACUUGAGUCGAUGGCUUGCCGAACUCAAUGGCCCUUGGGGUUCUCAACUUCGUGGAUUUGAGAAAGAGAGGCUUGGUACAGCUAUUGAGACGACGGCUACCUCCCUCUUCCCAUUUCUCAGCCCGCCGCCACCAAAACAAGGUAGCAAGACGCCCUUACGAGACUUGCAACGUUCAUUCACCAAAGACUCAAGGGGGAUCGUCAUUCCUGCCGGAGGAAGCGAUCUACAAAUCAGAUUUGCCGGACAUUUGAUUGCUUCUCUCAGAGAAGUAUUUGGCUGUUCGUUGCCCAUCCAAAUUGCCUACGCAGGGGAUUCCGACUUGCCGAAGGAGCGUCGCGAUGCCCUCCUAUCGUUCGACAAAACAAACAAUACCGAGUUUCUAGAUGUGUGGACCGUGUUUGACGAUGCCACCUUGCGUCUUCGGAGGAAAGGCUGGGCCAUUAAAGCAUUCGCGGCUCUAGCAUCCAGGUUCGAACACGUCAUUGUCCUCGACGCCGAUGCAGUAUUCCUUCAAUCCCCGGAAGUGCUUUUCCAACAGCGAGCGUAUGUCGAAAACGGAGCGUAUCUAUUUCACGAUCGACUACUAUGGCAACAUUCUUUCGAAGACAGACACGAGUGGUGGAAAGACCAGAUCAAGGAGCCCUCACCCGCGAUGAAUAAAUCUCUCGUCUGGACUGAGGACUAUGCGGAAGAAUGCGACUCAGGGGUUGUCGUCCUGGACAAGUCCCGAACGGAAAUCUUUGUCGGUCUACUUCAUAUCGCAUGGCAAAAUACGUGGGCAGUGCGAGACGAAGUUUCAUACAAAAUCACCUACGGAGAUAAGGAGACGUGGUGGCUUGGGCUGGAGCUUGCCGGAUCAAAGUAUGAAUUUGAGGAGCACUAUGGCUCAAUCGUUGGGUGGGAAAAAGAGGGGAGCCCGGAUGACAAGGCCGUAUGCAGCUUUGUUAUUGCGCAUACGGAUGAAAAGGACAAGCUCCUGUGGUAUAACGGCAGUCUGCUGAAGAACAAGCUGGUGGACCCGAACGGGUACGAAGUUCCAUUGUACUGGAUGAUGGAUGGCAAAUGGGAAAAAGGCGGGAAGAAGGAUAUGAGCUGCAUGGUGGGAGAGACGAGAAGACGAUUAACUGGCGAGGAGAUUUCGAUACUGCAGCACAGCAUUGAAGCAGCUCUUAGGGUGGAUGAAGUCAUAGCGAGCAUGAAGGAAUCGUGA